CCCUGGUUGCCAUGGUUUCUGUAAACAAUAUGGCCGCCCCCAGGCGGCGUUCUAGGCUCGGGCUCAGCAGGCAGCGGCGGCCGCUAGAGACGGCGGGAGGGGCGGCAGCUGAACGGCCAGAGCUGUGGCUGGGGAAAGAAACGCGACCGGGGCUGGGUGGGAGGACCGUUGGCGCUCAUGGCGGGCGGCGUAGACGAAGAGAUACUGCACCAGCUGUACCUGUGGGUGGACAACAUCCCCCUGUCCCGGCCCAAGCGGAACCUCUCGCGGGACUUCAGUGACGGAGGUGAGCCGGGGGGCGCCGAGAUGGGGGGGUUUGAUGGAAAAGGGGGGUUUUUUGGGGGGAAAAAAAUGGGAAAAGGCCCAAAUUUGGGUAAGGGGGGGAAAACUGCCCUCGCCGACAACAUUCCCUAUUUUGGACUCAGCCUCCUCCUCCCCUGGGCCAGGCAAAAGAGGCAUCCCUUGGAAUCUGGACACAGAGCCCGGACAUCUUGCCUGCUUCCUGAAGCCCCGGGCCCAGGGGUCACAGAGGGCUGUUUGGAGAGCCCCCCAGCCUCCACUUGCUCUGGGAGGACGUUGUCCUGGCCCUCACUGCCAGCUGCAGCUGGCUCGUCACUGGGUACCAUCAGCCGAAGCCUUGUGUCACCUUGUGCUGAGCCAGAGCAGGAUGCGCCAGGGCUUUCCAGGUUCCCUCCUUGCCCCGGGCCCACCGCCUCCCCACCUCCAGGCUCCCUUCUUUCCUGUUCCUAUUGUCGGCCAAGAGCGCCAGUACAGGCCGGGGCUUCCAGUGGCCAGGAUGUCCAGACUAGGGGUUAGGGUGUAGACUGCCAGAGGCUCUGAGGAAGGCCUCCUGGCUAUGGACCGGCCCUUCUCAGUUCUGGGAAGCAGACGCCACUGGGUCCUCCUGUCCCCAAGGUCCCCGAGGAAGAAGGGCCGAGUUAGAGAAGGAUGCUGGGGAGAGAGCCGGGACGUCCUCCCCCAAUAAACAUGUAUCGCUCCAGUAUACUGACUGAUCCUUGU